AUCAAAGCGUUGAAGAGAUGUUUUAGUCUAGAUUGUCUUUUGACUGUUAGGUGAAAGGCAAAUCAGAGUCAUCGGACAUUCUUUGCGUCCUCACUCCUCACCUAUGGAGAAUUUCACCAAUCACCAUCAUCAUCACUAAUCUCCCAUGGAUUUCACAGAUACCGGUAUCAGCCGCUCAGAUUCUCCUUUCUCCAAUCAAGACAAUGACUUCCGACAAUGGAAUCACUCUUCGUUUCUCCGUCUCCGAAUCCAGAUAUUUGAAGCGAGUUAUCGGAAGACUGAUUUGAUUAGAGCGAAUUAUGAGUUGACGGAAGAGAGAGACGCACUUAGGCGAAGAAACCGUGAGCUCGAAGCUGAAAAUUAUGAGGCUGAGCUGACUAGGGAGGAAAUGAAGAGAGAUCUGGAAGUUUAUAGAGAAAGAGUUAGUGAAUUGGAAGGGGAAACGAAGGACAAAUCCAAAAUUAUUUCGGAAAUUGCGGAAUCCAUACUAUCUGUGGAAGAUCGCUUGUCGAAGUCGACCAGCUGUAUAAAGGAAGAGACUAUUCCAGCAGAGGAAAGAGGGGAGAAACUGGAAACAGAGGAAUAUAAGUCCCGAUCAACGUUGGAGUUAGUCAAGGAGGUUGAAAAGAAGUUAGAGACGUUCAUAGAAACUAUAGAGAAGAAGAAGAUGGAGCUAAGCAGAACUGUGGAGUUUUUGGAAGAGGAGAAUAGAGACAUCAAUGUCUUGUUAAGGGCUGCUUUCUCUGAGAAACAAACUGCAGAGAAGCAAUUGAAAGAGAUGAAUGAGCAGAAGGGGUCGGCUUUGCUGCAAAUCGCAGGACGAGGGUUGCAGAGAAUAGGUUUUGGUUUUGGCUUUGGGGAAUCAGUACAAGAAAGCUCAGAAACGGUAAGUCUCAGCAAGGACGAAGAAGAAGAAGAGAAUGGUGUGGUUAUAGCAAUAGAGAAGACAAUGAAGAAUCAACGACAAGAGAUCUCUCUACUUAAGAUAUCCUUAGAUGAUAUAAGGUUAGAAGAAGAGCGGUUGAAGAAAUUGAUAGAGGAACAAACUCAGAAAAUAGCAGAGGACACUGUAUAUGUGGACAAGCUGCAAAACCAAGAGAAGUUUCUUGCUCAAAACGUGGAAGAGCUUGUGAAAGUAGUAGCAGAGACUGAUUCAGAAGUAAGUAGAUGGAGAGAAGCUUGUGAACUAGAAGUUGAAGCAGGGCAACGUGAAGUCGAAGUACGCGAUCAUCUAAUAGAGGUUUUAAAGGCUGAGGUGGAGAAGCUGAGAUCAGCAUUGGCGAUAUCAGAGGGAAAACUAAAACUGAAAGAAGAAUUGGCCAAAGCCGCAAUGGUAGCAGAAGAGGCAGCUGAGAGGUCUCUGCGAUUGUCUGAAAGAAGAAUAGCUCAACUUCUCAGCCGCAUUGAACAUCUCUACUGCCAACUGGAAGAAGCAGAGUCUACAGAACAUAGAGGCAGAAAGUUUAGGUAUGUUUGGUGUUGGCCGUUAUGGCGUUUGCCUACUGCUGCUGCGAGUUCUUCAUAUACAAGCAACAGAUCAUUAUUACGAUAUGAUGCGUGAUCUAGUAGUGAAUUUGCACAAGAGUUGUGUAGACUACAAAUAACCAUAGAAGAUCAAUAUUUUUACUUAUAUAAGAUAUAAAAGACAAAUGUAUGUGAUGAAACCAAUAGCAAAAACACGUAAAAUCAGAAAAUAGGUACAAACAUAAAGGAACAAAAUUAAUCUUUAUGUUGUUAUUGUUGCAGAAACAGAUCUGUAGCGUGUUUAAGAAGUAAGAACUGAAGAAGCUUGUGAAUACUAAAUUGUGAAUUUGUGAUGUGUCUACCAGAACGAUGUCGUUUUAAGUAAUUAGAUUACUCUCUUCGUCAGAUCUCAGAUGGGCCUCUCACGCUGUACGAGAAGCCUUUAACAUUACACGUUUCACUUAAAUAAACGCCGUCGUUUUAGUGGAAUCAAAAACUAGUAAAUGUAUUCCUCUUCGGCGGCCAAAAAAACCAAGUUCUCACGGCGACGAGACGAUGAUGGGAGAAGAGAAGAAACAAGAAAAUGUCACAGUGACGACGAAGAAGAUAGCUUCAUCGUGCGAUGUGGAGGCGCUGAAGAAAUGUUUAGAAGAAAACAAAGGAGAUCACUCGAAGUGUCAGUCUCAGGUAGAAGCUUUUAGAUCUUCUUGUUCUCUUCCUCAACCCAAGAAAUAAACCCUAAAUUCGAUAUGGAGGUUUAAGAGAUAUCUUCUGUAAUAAAAAACUCAGACCAAUGUGGUCUGUAGUACGUUGAUUGUAAUGAACUACUGUUUUUACACAAUACAUAUAUUAUUCACA